UAAAGAGGAUACCCUUGACUGUCCUAUUAGAACCUAGGACCCAUCGUAACCUCUUUGCACCUCCAUCAUCGUCCCAUUCUCCAAACCAUAGCUUAGUUAUUUCCAUUGAAUUAUAAUCAUCAUCAUCUGUAUUUGUUCUCACCACUAUACCUUAUCCAUUAAAAGCUGACAGCAUGAGCAGCAUGCGGAUUCAAUCGUGGCUAAAAACAUGCUCCACGGCCACCGCUACGCAGCAAUCCACCAUCCCCAUAGACACAAGUAGCAGCAGGUAUUAUUCCUCCGGAUCCGAAGCUCUCAGUUCUUCCACAACCUCUCAAGAAAGCAGUAGCAGCACCACCCCCACCCUACUCAGCGACCUCUCCAUACAGACCCUCCCAUCCCUUCCUUCUCUUCAGAAACUCACACCUCAAAACCUUAACUUCUCAGUCUCCCACCAUUGCCAAACCACCUUCACACUGCAACCUCAACGGGAACACUCUCGCCCCGUCACCUCCCUCGCUCUCCACGGCCACCUCCUCUACGCUGCCACCGCACACCAAAUCAAUGUCUACGAUCUUAACACGUGCGCCACCCUCCAAACUCUAAACUCAGAAUAUCCGUCUUCAGGUUCCACCAAGGCCAUCACCUUCUGCAAUGGAAUGGUCUUCACCACCCACCAAGACUGCAAGAUCCGCGUAUGGAACUCUAAUAAACACCGCAUGUUAACUGCUCUUCCAACCACCAACGACCGUCUACGCCGUUUCCUCUUCCCCAAGAACUACGUCACGGUGCGCCGCCACCACAAGCGGUUAUGGAUUGAGCACGCAGACGCCGUUACCGGACUCGCCGUCUCAAAAUUUAACGAUUUUAUAUACUCCGUUUCAUGGGAUAAAACCCUCAAGGUGUGGCGAGUCUCGGACCUACGUUGUUUGGAGUCAGUGAAGGCUCACGAGGACGCGGUCAACGCGGUCGCAGUAUCCAAAGAUGGAACCGUCUAUACUGGAUCCGCAGACAGGAGAAUAAGGGUCUGGGCAAGAGCCAACGGGGAGAAGCGUCACGCGCUGGUGGCGACGUUGGAGAAGCACCGUUCAGCGGUUAAUGCGCUUGCGUUAAACGACGAUGGUUCGGUUCUAUUUUCGGGUGCGUGCGACCGUUCUAUAUUGGUGUGGGAGAGAGAGGAUAGCGCCAAUCACAUGGUGGUUAGUGGGGCCCUCAGGGGACACCAGAAGGCUAUACUGUGCUUGAUUAACGUCUCUGAUUUGUUGCUGAGUGGAUCAGCUGAUCGGACGGUCAGGAUUUGGAAGCGGGGUUUUGGUGGGAAGUUCUGCUGCCUGGCGGUUCUUGACGGUCACCGGAAACCAGUGAAGUCGUUAGCAGCAUCAGUACAAGUGCGUCAUCAAGAUGAAGAUUCCCAAAACGAUAUCGUUUCGGUCUUCAGUGGAUCACUUGAUGGCGAGAUAAAGAUUUGGAAGGUUUCCUUAGCUUCACUACCAACGGACCUUCUCAGAAAAUGAAUUGCUAGCUCUACUUAGACAACAAGCUUUUUUUUUU